AUGGAGAGAAGAAUCAGUUCUCGCCUUCUCUGGGGUCCAGAGAAGGUGGAGAGAUCCGGGUCCUGGAGCCCGGAUCCUGAAGCCCGGGUUUUGAAGCCCGGGUCCUGGAGCUCGGGUAAUGGGACCUGGGUCAUGGGGCCCAGGUCAUGGAGCCCGGGUCCUGGAGCCUGGGUUCUGAAGCCCGGGUUCUGGAGCCCGGGUUCUGGAGCCCGGGUUCUGGAGCCCGGGUUCUGGAGUCUGGAUCCUGGAGCCCGGGUUUUGAAGCCCGGGUCCUGGAGCUCGGGUAAUGGGACCUGGGUCAUGGGGCCCAGGUCAUGGAGCCCGGGUCAUGGAGCCCGGGUCUUGGAGCCCGGGCCCUAG